UAUAAAUUGAAAGUGUCUAAUUGUGUGGUUUUGAUUUGGUUUAGAUUUCUCAGUAAGACAAAAAUUUUUUAAAUGAAUAAGUUUAGAGUCAUACUGUAUUAAUUAAACCGGUAUUAACUUAAAAAUGUCCACAAAAGCGAAAAGACAACCACGGCUUGAUGAUUUGAUUAGCUACGUCACCCUUCAUGUACUAACACCAGUUUAUUUAAGUGGUAUAGUUUUACCCUUUGCGGCUUUAUAUGUAACUUCAAUAUAUCUUUGGAUUUAUGUUUACAACGGAGAAGAGUACGAUGAAGCUGGGUUUAUUGCAAUAGUAGUAAUAGGUUUUUGGCAUAUUUUAACUCUUUUAUGUUGCUUUUGGAGUGUUCACAUACAAACAUUGUUAAAUUGCAGAACGGUUAAAGAACCAAAGCUCGGAGUUUUGGUCAAAGUGGUUCCGACUCCAAACAAUGGUUCAUCGGAAAUAGUUAAGAUUCAAGCGACAGCAAUAAAUGAAGACGAUAAACGUAUUCAAUAUUGGUUUAUGUUUCAAAAGAUUAAAUACAUUUGGGAUGAGGAAAAACGAACAUUUCGGGGAUUGGAGUUUCCGAUUAAUAGGCAGCUUAAAGAAUAUAGCAGAUCUAGAGGUUUAGAGACUGAUUCUGCAAUUUCCUUAGCCACAAAAGUUUAUGGGAAAAAUAAGAUGGAAAUGGUAAUUCCAGAAUUCUAUCAACUUUUUAUUGAGCGAGCUACUGCUCCAUUUUUCGUUUUUCAAGUAUUCUCCGUUGGCCUUUGGUGCCUUGAUGAAUAUUGGUAUUAUUCAUUAUUUACAUUAUGCAUGUUAAUUGUUUUCGAAUGUACUUUAGUUCAACAACAGUUAAGAAAUAUGUCAGAAAUAAGGAAAAUGGGAAAUAAACCGUAUUUUAUCAACGUGUUAAGAAAUAAUAAGUGGCGGCCAAUAGAGUCCAGUGAGUUAUUGCCGGGGGAUGUUGUUUCAAUAGUAAGAAAUCAGAAUGAAAAUAUAGUUCCUUGUGAUAUGGUUUUAUUACGUGGGUCAUGUAUUGUUGACGAAAGUAUGUUGACCGGAGAAUCAGUACCGCAAAUGAAGGAAUCUUUAGAAACACUAGAUAAUCUUAGUACAGAACUAGAUCCAGAUGGUGAAGGAAAACUAUUUGUUUUAUUUGGAGGAACUAAAGUUGUGCAACAUACUUCCCCUACGAAGGAUUCAAUUCGGGCUCCAGAUGGUGGAUGUAUUGGAUAUGUAAUUCGAAAUGGUUUUAACACAUCUCAAGGCAAACUUUUAAGAACUAUACUUUUUGGAGUAAAACGUGUAACUGAAAAUAAUUUGGAAACAUUUGCAUUUAUUUUAUUCUUGUUAGUCUUUGCACUCUCGGCUGCAUCGUAUGUCUGGAUUAAAGGCACAGAAGAUCCAGAAAGAAAUCGAUAUAAAUUGUUUUUGGAGUGUACAUUAAUUUUAACUUCAAUAAUUCCACCUGACUUGCCUAUAGAAUUGUCUUUGGCAGUCAACACAUCAUUAUUGCAAUUAUCAAAGCUUUUUAUUUUUUGCACAGAACCAUUUAGGAUUCCUUUUGCAGGAAAAGUGCAAAUUUGUUGCUUUGAUAAAACUGGAACUUUAACAAGUGACGAUUUGAUGGUAGAAGGUGUUGCUGGUCUGAAUGGGAAAAGUGAAGUAAUGCCUAUUAAUGAAAUACCGGAAAGUUCUGUACAAGUUCUAGCUACCUGCCAUUCUCUAGCACAGUUAGAAGAUGGUUUGGUAGGUGACCCGUUAGAAAAAGCCACAUUGACAGCAAUUGAUUGGAAUUUAACUAAACAAGAUAGUGUUAUUCCAAAACGAGGGAAAUUUAAAGCCUUAAAAAUAUAUCAUAGAUUUUAUUUUUCAUCUGCUCUUAAGAGAAUGUCAGUUUUAGCUGGUUAUUUACUGCCGUUUUCAAAUGAUGUUUUUUAUAUUGGAACUGUUAAAGGAGCUCCAGAAGUUUUGAUGAAUAUGCUAAAAAAAGUACCUAAAGGGUAUGAAGAGACAUAUUUAGAAUAUUCGCGUAAAGGUGCAAGAGUUUUGGCUUUGGGCAUUAAAGAGUUUGGAAAGUUAGAAACCGGUGCUGUGCGAGAUAUUAAACGUGAAGACGUAGAGAAAGAUUUGGAUUUUGCAGGUUUUAUAAUUAUUUCAUGCCCUUUAAAACCAGAUUCAAAAAAAAUUGUGGUGGAAUUAAUUCAAGCCUCUCACAAAGUUAUGAUGAUAACUGGAGAUAACCCUCUUACAGCCUGUCAUGUUGCGAAAGAAUUACGCUUCACCAAAAAAGACUUAUUAAUUUUGACAAAACAUGAAAAAACAUGGUUUUGGGAAUCAGUUGAUUGUUCACAGUCUUUUAAAUCAACUGAAAAUAUUUAUAACUUGUUAGAUGAAUUUGAUUUUUGUAUAACUGGUGAUGGAUUACAGUAUUUGAAUGAGUAUCAGCAUGAGUAUAUGCUUAAAUUAUUGCCUUACAUUACUGUGUGUGCUCGUUUCGCCCCUAAACAAAAAGAAAAAGUUAUAACUACUUUGAAAAACUUAGGAUAUUAUACAUUAAUGUGUGGUGAUGGUACAAAUGAUGUAGGAGCUUUAAAGCAUGCAAAUGUCGGUGUUUCUUUAUUGAGCAAACCACCAAAAAGAAAAAGAAGGGAAAACGAAAUUCUUAAUUUACAUGAUGAGAAUAUUCCAAAUAAUGUGAACCUGCGAAACAAAAUAAGCAGCAUUUCAAAUAGAGAUGGUGAGCAAAGGGCUCUAACGCCAAGGGAAAAAGCGAUAAUGAAAAAUCGAGAAGCAACAGCAAACAUACAAAAAGCUUUAAAAGAAUUAGAUGAAGAGCAAAUUCAGAUUGUUAAAUUGGGAGAUGCUAGUAUUGCUGCUCCGUUUACUAGUAAAUCUUCCUCAAUUAGUUGUGUUUGUCACAUAAUUAAACAGGGGCGCUGCACUUUAGUUACUACACUUCAAAUGUUCAAAAUUUUGGCAUUAAACGCUUUGAUCUCAGCUUAUUGCCAGUCUGUACUUUACUUGGAUGGUGUUAAAUUUAGUGAUGUUCAAGCUACUCUUCAAGGUUUAUUUAUUGCUUGUUGCUUUUUGUUCAUAACUAGAUCGAAGCCAUUGAAAACAUUAUCGAAGCAAGCACCUCUGCCAAAUAUAUUUAAUUUAUAUACAAUUUCGACAAUUUUAUUACAAUUUGCCGUACACUUUACAGCUUUAAUAUAUCUUUCACAAGAAGCUCAAGCGAGAAGCGAACCAAGAGAGGGAAAGAUUAAAUUGAAUAUUGACUUAAACCCUGAUGAAAAGGAUGAAUUUAAACCAAAUAUUGUUAAUAGUACCGUAUAUAUAAUAUGUUUAGCUCUGCAGGUUUCAACUUUUGCUGUUAAUUAUAAAGGACAUCCGUUUAUGGAAAGUCUAAGAGAAAACAGGUUACUGAUGUAUUCCAUCAUUGCGUCAAGUUCAGUGGUAGCAAUUUUAGCCCUGGGUAUAGCUCCUGAAUUGACUUCAGUUUUUGAAAUUGUAGAUUUUCCAGACGAUUAUCGAAAAACUUUACUUAUGGUGUUAGUUGGUGAUACAAUUUUGGCAUUUGCUGUUGAUAGAUUAUGUUCUUUCUUAUUUGGGGAAAUGAGGAUUAAAUCACAAUUUGUAAAUUAUUAAUUUAAUUAAGUAUUUUAUAUAUCAACUUUAAUUAAUUAAAUUGUUUUUUUUUUUUUCUAAAUUUAAAUGUAUUAAAUGUAAUAAAUGUAAUAAAAUGAAUGCGAUUUAAGUUAUAUCAAACGGA